CAGUAAGCGCUCAAUAAAUACGAUUGAUUGAUGAUCGAUCGAUUGAUUGACUGUCCUCCGAGCCCCCUCCUCCCUGUGGUCACCCCGCCCCCGGCUGCUGGUGUAGGGGGCUGUGCUCUGGGACUGGCGCUCCCUCCCCUGCACACGGGCGCGCACACGCAUAUACACACGCGGGCGCGCGCGCACACACACAGAGGCACACGCAAGCACACACAGACACACACACACACACACACAGAGAGCGGCAGACACGCAGGCAGGCGGUUGCAGCUCCGUCGCCCCGCGUCCCCUGCCGCCCAUGCAGACGGGCGGAAGAUGGCUGACGACUCCACGGGGCGUCUAGUACGCAGCCGGGCGGCGCCGGCGGUAGCCACGGCGAAAGCGGCGGCAUCCCCGAGAUUCCCGGCGGCCCCGGACGUCUCCCGCCGCUAGAAGAGCCCCCGGUCCCGGCCCCUCGCCCCCUCCCCCCCCCCCGGCACCUCCACCGGCCGCAGCCAUUUCAUCUCCCCGGCAAAAAGACCCGAAAACAUGGCAGAAAUGGAGAAAGAAGGGAGACCUCCCGAAAAUAAGAGGAGCAGGAAGCCCGCUCAUCCCGUGAAGAGGGAGAUCAACGAGGAGAUGAAGAACUUUGCAGAAAACACUAUGAAUGAGCUCCUUGGCUGGUAUGGCUAUGAUAAGGUUGAGCUGAAAGAUGGCGAAGAUAUCGAAUUCAGGAACUACCCUGCGGAUGGGGAGAGCCGACAGCACAUUUCUGUUCUCAAAGAAAAUUCUUUGCCAAAACCCAAAUUACCUGAGGACAGUGUAAUUUCACCCUUCAAUAUAAACCCAAGCUACUCGGGUCUUGCCACAGGAAAUGGACUUUCUGACUCACCAGCAGGGUCAAAGGAUCAUGGGAAUGUGCCCAUUAUUGUUCCGUUAAUUCCACCACCUUUCAUAAAGCCACCAGCAGAAGAUGAUGUGUCAAAUGUACAAAUAAUGUGUGCCUGGUGCCAGAAAGUGGGAAUCAAGCGCUAUUCCCUGAGUAUGGGAAGCGAGGUGAAAAGCUUCUGCAGCGAGAAGUGCUUUGCAGCAUGCCGAAGAGCCUACUUCAAGAGAAACAAGGCUAGAGAUGAAGAUGGACAUGCUGAAACUUUCCCCCCGCAGCACUAUGCUAAGGAAACUCCAAGGCUUGCCUUCAAGAAUAACUGCGAACUACUUCGUUUCUGUAAUAAGAGAACCAAGGACUUUACAUCAGCCUUGCAAAUAACCACAUGUCAACUCACCCAGGUGUGCGACUGGUGCAAGCACAUCCGACACACCAAGGAGUACCUGGAUUUCGGGGACGGGGAGCGUCGGCUCCAGUUCUGCAGCGCCAAGUGUCUCAAUCAGUACAAGAUGGACAUCUUCUACAAAGAGGCCCAGGCCAACCUCCCAGCUGGGCUGUGCGGCCCACUGCACCCUGCCCUGGAGAGCAAGGCCGACGGUCCCGGUGCACAGCUGCUCACGCCCGACUCUUGGAACCUGCCUCUGGCGGAGGCUCGCCGCAAGUCCUCGUCCCCCGGGCCGGCUGCUGCCGGCCAGAGCCAGGGCCCUGGCCCGUCGGCCGCCACCUCCCCACCUGCCACCACCCCCCAUUGCCCCGCCAAAGCCUCCACGCCCAUCCCCAAGUCCAUGCCCACACUUGGUGAGGCCCCCACCCUCCCCCCAGUGUCGGUCCAGCCCCCGGCCGGCAUUGUGCCUCCUCCGAUGGGCGUGCCCCCCCGGAGUCCGCCCAUGGUGAUGACCAAUCGAGGGCCGGUGCCUCUGCCCAUCUUCAUGGAGCAGCAGAUCCUGCAGCAGAUCCGCCCGCCCUUCAUCCGUGGGCCACCCCACCACGCCUCCACCCCCAACAGCCCCCUGCCCAACCCCCUGCUCCCUGGCCUCGGGCCAGCCCCGGGGGGGCCCCGGAGCCUGGGCCCCACCUCCAGCCCCAUGCACAGGCCCAUGCUCUCCCCACACAUCCACCCCCCGACCACGCCCACCAUGCCCGGAAACCCUCCGGGCCUGCUGCCCCCACCUCCGCCCGGGGCCCCUCUGCCCAGCCUGCCCUUCCCGCACCCGCCAGUGGGCAUGAUGCCCAACGGACCGCUGCCCCUGCCCCAGAUGAUGAACUUUGGCCUGCCGUCUCUCGCCCCGCUGGUGCCCCCGCCCACGCUCCUCGUGCCAUACCCAGUCAUCGUGCCCCUGCCCGUGCCCAUCCCCAUCCCCAUCCCUGUCCCCCAUGCUGGAGAUUCCAAGCCCCCCAGUGGCUUCUCCAGCAAUGGGGAAAGCCUCAUUCCCAGCCCACCCGGCGACUCUCCUGGGGCCAAGCCGGGCGGCCGCUCCCUAUCCCCCCGGGACCCUAAGCAGGGCCCCUCCAAGGCCCCUGACGCGCCCUCUGACACCCCCCCCGGCAGCUCCGGUCGGCCUUCGGGUCAGGCCCCCGCGCCCCAGGACCAUGGGAAGAGCCAAGUGGUCGACUUGACUCUCCGGCCGGGCAGCCCGCUUGGUGGCAGGCUCGACUUUGGCCGGCCACCUCCUGGCCCCCAGGACGGCGUCAUUGACCUGACACUGGGCCACCGGGCCCGGCUACACCAUGUCAUCCAGCGGGCCCUGCACCCACCUGGGCCGGCGAGGCGUGAGGACCGUGAGGCCCGCCCUGGGGCGGCCAGCCCGCCUGUCGGAGCUGUGGAGCGGCGAGGCAGAGGUGGCUUCAGGGACGGCAGCGGUCACCCCGCGACCGACAUCAAGCCCUUGACGGGUGGCCCGGGACCCCUGACGCUCGGGCCGACCCCACCCGCCGCAGGGCCGGACACAGGUGCCGCCGUCUGCAAUGUCAUUGUGAACGGUAUGAAGAGCACCGAGGGGCUGCGGGGCUCAGACCAGCCAGUGGAGGUGCCCCCACCACCCUUACCCCUGCUGCCGCCCCUGCCCCUCCUGCCGCCUCUUCCCCCGCCACCACCGCCGCUGCUGCAGAAGAAGCCGCCGCCCCCGGAGCCGGCCGUGAGCGAGCUGGAGUCUGUCAAAGAGAACAACUGUGCCACCCCCCACCUCCUGGAUGGAGAGACUGCCAAGAAGCUGUUGGGGGAGGAGGCCCUCUCCGGGGGCGACAAGACAGACCCUGGCCUCAACCACCCAGCUGACGAGGACCACGCAUACGCUCUGAGGAUGCUGCCCAAGCCGGGCUGCGUGAUCCAGCCUGUGCCCAAGCCCGUGGACAAGGCGGGACUGGCGCCGGGAAGGAUCGCCACCCCCCUGCUGGGCGCCGGGCCCGAAGAUCUAGAGCCACCGCUCAAGAGGAGGUGCCUCCGGAUCCGCAACCAGAACAAAUAGAGGGCUACUGGCUGCAGGGCAGCGUGCCUGGAGGAAGGGAGCAGAGCGAACGCGUCACUCCACCACGGACACCCGCUGGCCUGCCCAUCAGCCCCCAGGGCUCACACGCCAGCGAGGGAGCAGGCCAGCCUCCUGACGACAAGGCUCUCCUAGGAGCCGCCCCGCCAAGCCGAGCCUCCAACUGCCUGCCGUUGGGCCCAGAAGGGCCCUGCCGCUGCCUGCCCACGGGAGCAGGGGGCUCGCCUUGGCCCGAUUGCAACAAAACCAAAACAUGAUAAAGUGAAAGGAAAUCGACCGACCACACGGACCAACCUAGGCAUGGAGUACUUUUUCUCUCUCUGUCUUUCAAGGCUCAGAAAUUGGAAGUGGGACGAGGAUCUGGAUUUUUUUUUCCCUACAUUUUUGUCUUUUCAAAAACUGCUGUGGUUUUGCUGCUACACUAAGAGUCGUGAUUGCAUUGUACGGUUUUGGACCUAUUCAAGUUUCGGUGGGGGAAGGGGCAGGGCGGAAACGGCGACGCCUCUGCGUCAUCUCCAACUGGCCCAGGAUGCACUUUUAAAUGAAGAGUUAGAAUAUUUUAUUGGCUAAUAUACUUUUGUUAUUUUUACAAUGGCCACCUUUGUCCUUUUUAAUGCCAUAUUUUCAGUGUUACACUUUUAUGGCUUUUAAUUUUUGAUUUGACAGAUGUAAGAAGCAGCAUGAAUAGUUUAUACUGUGGUUUUUCAGAGACUGAAUGCCAAGAGAACUCAGUAAAUGUUUAUUCUUCUCAGCUUUCUCUUUAAAUUCCCCGACCUAGCACCCCAUUUGGGGACAGUGCAAGAGUGUUGAACUAAAGACCAAAAUUCCCUCCAGGUGUAAAAUAAUCCACGGGGAAUAUUUGCUAGGCGUCGCAAGAGGCGUGGAUGAAAUUUCAACCCUGUUGGUUCUCCGUGAUCCAGAAAGCUAGAGAGACAGUCUCUGUGCACGCUGAGCCCUUUCCUGGCAAUUGGAAUGGUGUGGGAGCCUGGUGGAAAUGGGGGAAAGCGCGAAAGAUGCCCCGUGAUUCUGUUUCACUGUUUGCUUUCUCCUGUCAUGGUGAAGAGAAAUGUGCAAUUCGACCCUCAGUCAGUGGGUGGAGGAUGACAGGGUAGAUUUAUUGUGUGCACUUGUACAGUGGUAGCCGAGAGUCCAAAAGUCCACUAGAGCAUGUAUACGGGCACGGGGUUGGUAAGACGGUUGUGACAUGCCCCAUUCUGACAUACAAAAGGCAAAAAAAAAAAAAAGACAAAAAAAGAAAAGACAAAAAAAAAUCACCUUGUGAUUCAGUGUAUCUGUUUACUAACUCCAAUAAAGCAAUUGUCCACCCUGAAGGGUUCAGAGGGUACCCUGGCCUUCAAGGCCGCAGAGAAGAGCUGAGAGGAGCAGAGAGAGUAGGCUGCUGUCACGAGGCGCGGGGACAGGGUGGGAUCUAAGCCAGGAACGGGAGCCGUGUACACAUGGGCACUGUGGACGCUAUGUAUAUAUACUGUAUUUCUCUAUUUUCCUUUGUACAGACUCACUUAACAAGUCAAGCUACUGUUUUACAGGUGCUCCUUAUUUAUUAGGGCUGGGAGAGUUGGGGAGGUGCCCUGGGCAACACAGCUCACUUUUUAAGAAGAAAAUUGGGGGGUGGGAGGGUUGGGGA